AGCUAAUGUUAAUGAAUCCUAUUGGGAGUAAAGGGAGAACAAGAUACACAUACCUCCUGACGGGGGGCUCGUACCCUGGAAAAAAAUGCGUGGAGCAGCCACCAGAUAUCCUAAUGCAUCAUGGAAGUAUCGGCUGAAAAGUCGGGCUCGAAGAUCGUCAACAUAGCGGUGAGAAAUAUGGAAGAACUGUUUCAUCGCUCGGAGAAUGGAAGCGACUAGAACUUCAUCAAAAAAUAAUCGAUGAGUGUCGUCGUCUUUCGAAGUAAUCUCGUGGAUGCUCGGCACUUAUACUCGUUCUCGUCUUGGGUGAUUGUCUACCAUACGGCUCUAGUCGUGAAGAGGAGCAUCAUCGAGACAAGGAAAUAGCAAUUUCAUCAUGCGUCAGUUUUCGGUGAAGAAAAAUAGCAAGGAAUUUUGGGACUAAGACCAAAUCGAAGAAGGUUGAAUGGAUGAGACUCUACAAUCUGUCGUGACUCGUGACACUCGUCUCCUUGUUUCUAUGAUCGUUGUUGCUUAGAACUCGUGCGUAGGAGGUCCGAUCACGAAACCCGACUCUGCAUUUCCCUUGCCUACCGCUUCGCCAAUAGCUGCAUUUAUUCAGCUUCCUGGUCGGCAUCUAAAAGAUGAGCCUACUUGCCCUUGCGCUCUAAGCUCAUCUUCAUUAACAUUACAGAUGGAGGUACAUUAUUUUUCUUGAAAGAGGAUAGUGCUCCUCUCACUGACUGAAUGCAUCUGCUGUAGAUGAACAAGACAGAAACAUCAAUGGCACAGUAUUCGUAUUAUAGUAAGAUGAAGUUGAAGUACGCUCGAAGUGAUUACUUAUGCUUUUAUUUGUACAAUAAAUUUGUUAUCAAUUUUUAUGUGAAUGAGGAUGUUGUUGUUGACAUGGAUCUUCUAUUAGACUGUAAUUCUAGUUGUUCUGAUAAUAUUUCAAUACUUCAUGGACGAUCAUCGCGUUCCAGAGGGCAAUGGACGCUCUAGAUGCCUUCGUGAAUGCCUCCUCGGACGUUUCGAUUUCUACGAACAACAAUAACGGAAAUUUUUGCCACGGCUUCGUGCAUCAAAGACCGCAUACCGACGUUGCGAUCGCCGGCGGACAUCACCAACACGCCAUCGACGGCAUCCGUAACCUCAGCAGCGAUUAUAGCUCUGGUACGACGGCGGGUCAAGGUCAGCAACGAGACAGGAUUCUGCGACAGAAUGUGUCUGCCAUAGAUCAAGCAUCGCUUUUGAGAUUCGCUACAGCUGCCACACGACCUCCUCCAGACCUGCUUGAUUCGAAUGCGGCGCGCAGUGUCGCAGCGGUUCUUCAUACCCUGGAUCAUCGGCUUGACGAACUGAUUAGUUCUCAACCCGGGCCGCGCUCGCAACGCCUACAGGCACAUGUUUGGGAAGGUCCCGAAUCGUCGCUUUCUGCCCAACCCAGUGGCAGUUUUCCCCGUGACCAGAAUGUUGCAGUAGAUUUGGAUGCAAGAGACGAUCAUCGUGAAAAUGACUAUACGCACCAUGGUACACGUUCGGCCGUGACGACUACUACACGCCGAGUAGCCGCUGGGCAGCCAUUGCAGGCUUUCGUGUGGGAACAACCGAACCAUGAUGACCGCACGGUUUCUACGUCUUCAAUACAGGAAGGAACGGUGCUUUCGCGCAACGCCGCAUGUGAUGGGCCAACAAUCGCAAGCAGUGCAGUCGGGCCUGGCACCGCUGCGACAUCUGUGCGGUCACCACCCGUCGCCACUGGAAGGCGACAGCGUGGGUCUCUCGAAGAAGACUUUGGGGGUCAAUCUUUGGAUCAAAUUUUCGCGAGAAGACGUGCAGAUACAAACGCGAGAACGCGCUAUGCCGCUCGGCCUGUGCAGGAAAGUGAACAACGACAGGAGGGAAUCGAUGGACAAAGACAGGCGCAGGCCACAUUCGUCGGUAAUGCCGAAUCUUUUUCUAGCAUAACGAGGGUACGCGGCACUACGCAACCUACUACUUCUAGAACACAAGUACCCGAGGCUGGCAGCACUGUGGACCUGAUGGAUGCCGACAGACGACCGUCAGACUUUUAUCAUGAUCCGGAGAUGACAAUCGGAGUCGGACAGUAUGACAAUCAUUAUCGCCCUUCAGUAGUUAGCAAUAGUUCUAGGCGGAGAACUACGCGGCCGUCCCGCCAUCACCCUAACCCUUCUAGCAUUAGCGGUUUGGGCAGCACCGACCCACAGGCGCCAGAUUACAACCCCUAUCUUGCUUUAUCUGGAGUAGUUGACUCAAGCCUACCCGGUGGAGUCGCGGUUAUUGAUGUAAUGCUCGGAGGAACCGUCAACGACUAUGACGUCAGCAGAAACUACAUCGAGCACAAUGCUGAUGUUGAUGAGAGUCAUUUGCACCUUAACGAAAGCGGUCGACAUCAACGUGGUCGACCACAACCAGCACGAGGCUUCCGACAACGCGCUACGGUCGACGAUUUCGGUGGAGCGCUGGAUGACAUUCUGGUGCAACCAAGUGGGUCUUCGCGGCGUCUUGGAGCAUCGCGUUUAGGUAGCUCUGACGCGAAUGAGACUGAUGAAUACAACGCUGAGUCAGGUGGUGCUGGCGGCUCAGCUGUAGUUCAGAAUAUGCAGGCAUCGAGAGCAACAAAUGAAGACUUCGGUGGCAGCCUGGAAGACAUUCUGCCACGCCGUGUGAAGAAACCGCGAAGCAAAUCAGCGAGUACAGCGGGAGCGGGUGCAAAAAAGAAAGUCGAUAAAAUUCGGUCGGUGAUUUUGCGAAAGACAAACCGAGAUCUUCUUGGGGAAGACUGCGCAUUUUGUCUAGGCGAAUUCGAGGCCCUACAGAAUGUACAAAUUCUCCCUUGCUCACACGUGUUUCAUACGGCAUGUUGGCGCAAGCAUUGCAUCCAUUCCUUAAAACAAGCAAAAAUGGACCCGUCGGUGCGCUGUCCACUGUGCAGGGGAGACGUAACGCACCUAGUCCCAAAGUAA